AUGGCGGUGGGGAAGAGAGAGACGGGGGCGGCGGAGGUGGCGAAGGGAGAGUUAGCGAUGGCGGCGGGGAAGGGAGAGAAGGGAUCCACGGUGGUGGAGAAGGGAGAGAAGUGUCCAACGGUGGCGGAGAAGGGGAAGGGAGUGGCGGAGGAGGCGGGGAAGGAGGUGGCCGACGGGGAUAUUAGGUCGGAUGGGAAGGCGUUUGAGGUUUCGAAGGAGGCGGCGGCACGGCUGUCGAAGGUCCUCGCCAAGAUGAUCGCCGACGGCUGCAGCGACGGCGGCAUCAAGCUCGAGAAGAUCGGCUCCGAGACCCUCGAGAAGGUGGUGGACUACUGCAACAAGCACGCCAACCCCGUCCCCAGCGCUGCGUCCAGCAGCAGCAGCAGCUUCCUCUCCGCGCCAUCCAAGGAGCUGGAGGAUUGGGACCGCAAGCUCGUCGACUGCCUCAGCCAGGACGCCCUCUUCAACCUCACCGAGGCCUCCGACUCCCUCAUCAUGGACGGGCUCCUCGACCUCACCUGCCGCAAGAUCGCCGACCUGAUGAAGGGCAAGACCAUCGAUGAGAUGCACAAGAUGUUCAACAUCAAGAAUGACUUCACAAAGGAGCAGGAGCAGGAGAUUCGCCGGGAGCACGCCUGGGCCUUCGGCGACGCCUAGGAGCAUUCGGGUCUCCACUUCACGCUGCACUAACAUCUCGCUGGA